AUGGCGCAGUUUGAAAGCCAGCAAUUGCGCAGGGCGAGCAUGCAGGACUAUAGGAGUUUUCCCUUAUAUCUGUCACAAGAAAUUUGGGAUGCUCUUGCUGAUCGGAAGAUGUCUCAAGUGAGUCGGGUUGAUCGCUUGGUUCGGCACUUAGUGAACAACCUUGGAAUGCGUCAUCCGACGGAACCAUCGAUGGCUGUCAUUGCCUCGCUGGUGGGACAGCAGGACAAUUUGACAAUUCCACAGCUGCUGACGUUGCUACAAACGGUCAAGAGUGUCUUGAAGACAACAGUGACACGGGCUGGACACUCUGGCAUUCCAUUGCCAGCAGGUCGCUAUUUGGAGUUGUUGCCCAACCAGGUGGCAGAGUUGCCGAGCGAUGUGGCAGAGGCGAUGGCCCUUGGCGGAUUCGCUGCUCCUCCCAUGUCUGUGGAUUUGAAUGUGGUCUGGCAAACUGCCCGCACCAUUCCUUUGCGGAACACACAUCGCGAGGUGCAGUUGCAGAGGCAGUUGGAGAAUCAGCAGAACACGCUGGCCCUGCAGGGCUUUCCGGAUCGCCUGGCAGGUUUGCAAAUGGCACAGGCGGUUGCAAUUUUUGCCGUUGCCAUGGGUGGGCAGACGGCAGUCAGGCAGCCUGAUGCGCUAUUGCCGAAUCUGCAAAUUUUUGGAGACGCGGAAGUGGAAGCUGUGGCCGCGCCUGAGGGCACGGGAUCUGCUGGCGACAAGCCUGCAUCAGCGCUGGUGAGAGCCGCUGCUCAGAAAGCUGUGCCACCGCAGAAGGCGGAAGGCAAAGCUCCUGGAAAGGCAGCUGCGGCUGCAGAUGCCGCAGGGCACCACAAGGAACUGAUGGUAGCGCUGCUCAAGACAGCCAUGGAAACGGCUGGCAAGUCUUUCCAGUAG